GGCAAGGCAUACAAAGAGUGUUACACCCUUCGUCACACUCUCUAGGGCACGGAAAGAUCAACCGCCCAGUCCAACGCAAAAACGAGAACAAAGAACAUAUUAAACCAAACUAAUCUUUCACGGAUAGAUCUUUCUUUUUUUUCUCUUUUGUUUGUUUGUUUGUUUCCCCCAAAUUUCAACGAUGGCUGAUCCACCUGCAACCCUAGAAUCCAAUCCUCCACAAACCGAAACCGAAACCCCCAACCCCCAACCAAACCAGCCUGAUCCAGCACCCGCCUCCAUUCCACCACAACCCCAAUCAUCAUCAUUCACACCUAUCGCUGUACACCCUAAUCCGAACGCGCCGCCUCUGGCGUCUGCGCCACCUACUCCGGUAUCCUACGCGCCGCCACCGGCCGCACCUUCGUUCCGCCCGGUCCCACAGUUCUCACCGAUGCCGAGUCCGAAUUACCAAAACCCUAGCGGAGUUCAGGUUCAGCCACCUGGUGUGAGUGGCGGCGUUCCGCCGAUGCUGCCGCCACAUAUGGUGCCAUAUCAGGUGCCGCCGGGGCAGCCUCCAAGACCGUACCCGCCACAUAUGCCGAAUGGGUACCCGGCAGUGCCAGCGGGGACUAUGCCUCAUCACGGAAUUCCUCGUUAUCCAUCUCCAUACACAGCUAUGGUUCGGCCUCCAUUUCCUCCACGUCUACCAGGAGCAAUUGGUGUGCUUCCAGCAGUGUCACGCCCUCCAAUUCCGGGGGUUCCUGGAGUUCGUCCGAUUAUGCCCCCUGUUGUUAGGCCAGCUUUUGUUCCUCCUGUUACUCUAGCUGAGAAACCACAAACCACAGUUUAUGUUGGUAAGAUUGCAUCGACAGUUGAAAACAAUUUUAUGCUGUCUCUCCUUCAGCUUUGUGGACCCGUCAAAAGUUGGAAACGUGCUCAAGAUCCCACAAAUGGGACUCCUAAAGGCUUUGGGUUCUGUGAAUUUGAGUCCGCUGAAGGGGUUCUUCGUGCAUUGCGUCUACUUAGUAAACUUAAUAUUGAUGGGCAAGAAUUAGUGUUAAAUGUUAAUCAAGCAACAAAAGAAUAUCUGGAACGCUAUGUAGACAAAGAAACUGAAAAAUCGAAGAAACUUAAAGAUGCACAAGCUGCAGUACCUGUGAAAGAGGAUGAAAGUGCAGAAGUUGUUGAGAAGAGUGAACAAUUAAAGCCUUCUGUAGAGGACUCAAAUAAAGAGGACAAUGGUACAGGGAACAAGGAAAGUCAUGAUUUUGCUAAUUUUGGAAUUGUGACUGAUGAGGACAAGGAAGCUGACCAAGAGGCCUUGGAGAAGCUUACAAGCAUGAUAGAGGAGAGACUAAAGACCAUGCCUCCACCUCCGCCCCCGCCCCCGCCCCCUGCACAAGUAACUGGUGAUGGCUCAGUGAAUUCAAACUCAGAUGUUCCUGCUAAAUCGAGGGAUGGGGACUCUGAAAUGAGAAAUGCUGAAGAUAAAAAUGAUGACGAGACAACUAGUGAAACCAAACCAACAAGUGAGCAUGAUAGGCCUGAAACAAGUUCACCUGAUAGGAGUAGAAGGUAUGAUAGGAGAAGUAGAGAUAGAGACCGAGAGCGGGAUCUGAAAAGGGAGAAGGAGCGGGAGAUUGAAAGAUAUGAAAGAGAAACAGAGCGAGAGCGGGUUAGGAAAGAAAGGGAGCAAAGAAGAAAGAUUGAGGAGGCUGAGCGUCUGUAUGAAGAGUCUCUUAAAGAAUGGGAGUAUAGAGAAAGAGAGAAAGAGAAACAGCGGCAGUAUGAGAAAGAGAGGGAAAAAGAGAGGGAACGCAAACGAAAGAAGGAGAUAAAAUAUGAUGAAGAAGAAGAUGAUGAUGAUUCAAGAAGAAGGUGGCGCCGGAGUAUGUUAGAAGAGAAGAGAAAGAAAAGACUACGGGAAAGGGAAGAUGACUUGGCUGAUGGACGCAAAGAAGAGGAGGAAAUUGCUGAGGCGAAGAGGAGAGCUGAGGAGGAACAGCAACAGAAGCAACAGAGAGAUGCUUUGAAGGUUUCAUCCAAUCAUGUAGUAAAUGGAAGUGCAAAAACUGUUUUGGCCGCUGAAACAUUCAGUGUUGAAAUAAAAGAUAAUGCUGUUGAACAGGGUUAUGAAGGUGAUUCUGCUCGGGAGAGCCAUAUAGGUGAAGAGAUUGUACAAAACGGUACUGGGGAGGAAUCAACCAUGGCAUCAAUUGGGGCAUCAGACGCACGGCAUACUGGCAAUGCCUUCGCAAAAAAGUUGGGGUUCGGUUUAGUUGGCUCUGGAAAACGAACUGCUGUCCCUUCUGUCUUCCAUGAGGAGGAUGAUGAUGAUGCACGUAACGAGAAAAAGAUGAGGCCUCUUGUCCCUCUUGAUUACUCAACUGAGGAACUGGAGGCUGUCCAACCUACUAUACCUGGUGCACCACCACCGAAUUUGGCUGCAGCAGCAGAAUUUGCAAAGCGCAUAUCAAAUGUCAAUCCCAAAGACGAUAAGCCUGAUACAGAUAGAGAAAGAAGUAGACGUUCUAAUGACAAGUCAGGCCAGCGGGAUAGGGAUAGGGAUAGGGAUAGGGGUGAUGAGGAUGUUAGUCGCACCAGAGAUGAGAACAAAGCGAGGAUUCUUGACUGGGAGAGGGAUCGGGAACAGGGGCUGGAUAAACUGAAGACACCGGAUAACAAGAAGCUUUUCAGUUUAAAACAAUUGAUAGAUAUGAUACCAAAGACCAAGGAGGAGUUAUUCUCAUAUGAGAUCAAUUGGGCCGUGUAUGACAAGCAUGAGUUGCAUGAAAGGAUGAGACCAUGGAUUUCAAAGAAGAUAACGGAAUUUUUAGGAGAGGAAGAAACCACACUGGUGGAUUACAUUGUGUCCAGUACUCAAGAUCAUGUGAAAGCAUCACAAAUGCUGGAACUACUACAAUCCAUUUUGGAUGAUGAAGCCGAAAUGUUUGUUCUCAAAAUGUGGAGAAUGCUCAUCUAUGAAAUUAAGAGAGUAGAGGCAGGCCUUACUUCAAAGUGAAAAACAUCAUAGGAUUUCGUUCUUGAUUAGUCCUUUGUUGCUGCAAGACAGACAUGCUUCAUUGCAUUGCCCUUGCUUUCAUUUCAUCCCUCACUGUAGAACAGAGAUUCUUGAUUUUGUAUUGCUUCAAAAUUUAAUUAGUAAUUAAACUGCAUUUUUGUACU